AUGGUCUGGGUGGGAAACCAGACUCUCAUCUCCCACUUCAUUUUCCUGGGCCUCUUCACCCACUCGCCACUCCACAUCUUCCUCUUUUCCAUCACCAUGAUCAUGUUUUUGAUGGCUCUCUCUGGCAACGGGCUCAUGAUCCUCCUCAUCAAUGUCAGCCCCCACCUGCACACCCCCAUGUACUUCUUCCUCAGCUGGCUGUCACUCAUGGACCUCAUGCUCAUCUCCACCAUUGUGCCACGGAUGGCCGUUGACUUCCUCAUGGGCCAUGGCUCCAUCUCCUUCACAGGCUGUGGGCUCCAGAUCCUCUUCUUCCUUACCCUCACAGGGGGUGAGUGCUUCCUGCUGGCUUUCAUGGCCUAUGACCGCUAUGUGGCCAUCAGCAAUCCCCUGAGAUACUCAGUGGUCAUGAGCCGCCGUGUAUGCUGGCUCAUGGUAUCAGGCUCCUGGCUCUUUGGCCUGGUAGAUGGGCUCAUUCAGGCUGUCUUCACUCUAAGCUUUCCCUACUGUGGCUCCCAGGAGAUUGACCACUUCUUCUGUGAUGUCCCUGCUGUGCUCAAGCUGGCCUGUGCUGACACCUCUCUCUAUGAGACCAUGAUCUAUGUCUGCUGUAUCCUCAUGCUGCUCCUGCCCUUCUCUGUCAUCUCUGCCUCCUACCUGAAGAUCCUAGUGGCUGUGCUCCAUAUGCGUUCUGCUGAAGGUCGUCAGAAGGCCUUUGCUACCUGCUCAUCCCACAUGGCAGUGGUCUCCCUCUUCUACGGGGCCGCCAUGAUCACCUACAUGAGGCCCCAGACCUACCACUCCUCCAAACAGGACAAGGUGGUCUCUGUCUUCUAUACCAUGAUCACCCCUAUGCUCAACCCACUCAUCUACAGCUUGAGGAACAAGGAAGUGGCCAGGGCUCUCAAACAACUCCUGCGGAGGUGUCUUUGUAGUAGGGGGCAGGGUUAG